GCCGCCGAAGGGAAAAUGGCUCCACUAAAAGACAAGAAGUCCAAAAAAAUCAUUAGCAGGUUCACCCUGGAUCUGACGCAUCCGGUGGAAGAUGGGAUCUUUGAUUCUGCCAACUUUGAACAGUUUCUUAAAGAAAAGGUGAAGGUCAAUGGAAAAACCGGAAACCUUGGGAACAUUGUUCAUAUUGAACGCUUAAAGAACAAAAUUACCGUUGUCUCCGAGAAACAGUUUUCUAAGAGGUACCUGAAGUAUCUUACAAAGAAAUACCUGAAGAAGAAUAACUUGCGCGACUGGCUACGUGUGGUUGCAUCCGACAAAGAGACUUACGAGCUCAGAUACUUCCAGAUCAGCCAGGAUGAGGAGUCUGAAUCAGAAGAAUGAAGUUUUAAAAUAAAGUUUUCAAAACAUUA